AUGACAUCGUCUAAUUCCAAUCCGUUGCUUGUUGACCCGUCGAUUGUGUCAAUAUCUGAUAGCGAUGCCACCAGAAAUGGAACUCCGCCGAGUAUUUUACAUCUGCAUCUUUCAGGAUCGUCUGCAAUUAACAGUCUGAAUCCUGGAAAUGUCUUGAGCAAAUUGUUGGAUAGUGCUAUGGCUCAUGCUGCGAAAGAGUCAACUCCUGAAAGGGAAAAACAAGCGAAACAAGCGAAAGAAGCGAAAGAAGUUAAACAAGCUAAAGAAGCUAGAGAAGCUAAAGGCGCCGCUACGGAAAGGGGAAGACAAGCUAAAGACGUUGCUGUGGAAAGAAUUUUGGCUAAUCUGGACGACUUUGAAGAUGACACCUUUUUGAAUAUUGUACCUGUCAAGAAGCAAGGUCAGGAACUCAUAUACACUGUGAAGCAAUUGCUUCAAUUGAGGGACGAAGUCGAGGCUCUUGAGUUUGGAGACAAGUUGCCUGAGUUGUCGUUUUGGAGACUAAAACCAGUAAGAGAAGCAAACUUGAGACAUUUACUGAAUGGAGAACAUGGUGGUAGUUAUAAGGGGAAAAAAUUCAAGAGACAUCUGCAUGAAACUUGGGAGAGAGGAAAAAACUAUAAUAAUAGCAACAACAGCAAUAACAACAAUAACCAUAAUAAUAGCUUAGAAAAUAAAGAGAAUCAGGGAUUUGGACACCAUAAUCGUCAUGGGUUUAAUAAAGCGCAAGAGUUGGACUCUCUAUCGAGCGAAAAGAUAUCGGAGUUGUUGGGUGAAGGUCCCGACGAAUUGGAGCCGGAAUGGGAGGACGUUGAUGGUGGUGCCAUAUCGGGGAAAAGCACCCAUAGUGGAAUUCUUGGCUCCAACGAUGACUCGAUACAUAUGUCAAUGUUGAAUAUGGGUCGUACCGUUGAAGAUUUCGAGAAAUGGAAAUCUCAAAUGAAACUAGAAGAAAGGAAAAGAAACGGUUACGUAGUUGACGAAGAAACAGAACAACUGCAGUUGGCACUGGAAGAGACAGCUGCAGUUAAUGCAGGAAAUGAAGUUGAUAAUUUUUUUACUUUUAUUAAACAAAAGCCAAAGAAAGAAGCAAUUGAGACGGGUGUGGUUUCAGAUGAAAGUCACUCAUCAAAUACCAAUAGGUCAUCCAGGUUCUCGUCAUUUUUCCAACAACCAAGUGGGCUGCAACUGCAACUGCAACUGCAACCACAACUGCAACCACAACUGCAGCCACAACCACAACUGCAACCACAACCACAACUGCAAGAGCAACUGCAACUGCAACUGCAAGAAAACAUAAAGUCUGAAGAACCAAACUUGCAAACUCAACCAGUACGGCAAAAGAGCGUUCUGGGACCUCCUCCAGGAUUUUCCAAAUUUUUUGGUGGAUCGCAACCAAAUAAUACUCAAACAUCGGAAGCUGCACAUCCUCCGCAAUCAGCACCGGAUGAUCAAUCACCAAUAGAAAGUGAACAACAGCAACAAUCUUCAUUGCAGAGACACAAGUCAUUCGUACUGUCACAACAUUCGUCGCUUUAUACAUCAAAUGACAGCUUUUUCCUUUCCUUAUUGAAGAAAAAAGAAGCUUCCCAAUCUCCCUCACAAAUCUCACAAUCCAUUACCACAGCAACAACAACAGCAACAACAACAACCACUACCACCACUACCACUACCAACGAAAGUCCAGAUUCCAAGGCUACAUUUGAUCAAUUACAAAACCAAUUGGAGAACCGUGAAGAUUUCAGUGAAAACAAAACAAGCAAAGAAGGUCCACCUGCAAUUCAAGAGCACAAGCAACAGCAGCAACAGCAGCAGCAGCAGCAGCAACAGCGACUUCCAAGUCAUUUUAACCACAUUCUUCCACAGGGACAACUUUAUCAUCAGCCAUUACCACAGGGCAAUCAAAUUCCAUUUUGGAUGCUUCCACCACAAUUACAGAUGAGAGAUCAAGCAUCUGGAUUUCCACCAAAGCAACAACAGCAACAGCAACAGCAACAGCAACAGCAACAUCAGUAUCAACACAUUCCGCAAGAUCAAUUACACGAAUUGCAAGAUCAAGCCAAUCGAAGUGAAAAUCGUGAAGGAGCGUUACCAAAUCAUGUUCAGAAUCAACCUCGUCCUGGUCAACAACCAUUUCCCUUGCCACAAGGUAGUGGUAUGCCUCCUCCUCCUCCACCUCCAGGUAUGUUUCCUAAUAGAUUUGCACCACCACCUCCGCUACCUCCUCAGGGAGGUAAUUUUCCACCAUUGCCUCUCGGUUUUCCACCUGGAUUUGUUAGGAUGGGAUUUCCACCACAAUUUGGAAAUCAACAACAACUGCAACAACUGCAUCAGCAGCAGCAACAACAACAACAACAACAAAAUCCAAAUAUGAUGGUGUCACAGUAUCCAGAACAUCAGCAGCCACCUCCACAGUUUCAACAACGACUACCUUUUGAUCCACAGCAUCAACAGUAG